AUGGCUAAAGUUGAACAAGUCUCUGGUAUCUUCGAUACCAUUCUAGUCUUAGACUUCGGUUCCCAAUACUCUCAUUUAAUCACCAGAAGAUUAAGAGAAUUUAACAUCUAUGCUGAAAUGUUACCAUGUACUCAAAAAAUUUCUGAAUUAUCAUGGAAACCAAAGGGUGUUAUUCUUUCUGGUGGUCCAUACUCUGUGUACGCUGAAGAUGCUCCUCACGUUGACCAUGCCGUUUUCGAUUUAAACGUUCCAAUCUUAGGUAUCUGUUAUGGUAUGCAAGAAUUAGCUUGGAUUAACGGUAAGCAAGUCGCAAGAGGUGAAAAGAGAGAAUACGGUCCAGCUACCUUGAACGUCUUAGAUAAAGCCGACGCAUUAUUCAACGGUGUAGACCAUUCUAUUGUCUGGAUGUCUCACGGUGAUAAAUUAAACGGUUUACCAACUGGUUUCAAGACUAUCGCUACUUCUGAUAACUCUCCUUACUGUGGUAUUGCCCACGAAUCUAAGCCAAUCUACGGUAUCCAAUUCCAUCCUGAAGUUACUCACUCUACUUUAGGUAAAACUUUAUUAAAGAACUUCGCUGUCGAUAUAUGUAAAACUGAACAAAACUGGACUAUGGAAAACUUCAUUGACACUGAAAUUAAGAGAAUCAGAGAAUUAGUUGGUCCAACUGCUGAAGUUAUUGGUGCCGUCUCUGGUGGUGUCGACUCUACCGUUGCCUCCAAAUUAAUGACUGAAGCCAUUGGUGACAGAUUCCACGCUAUCUUAGUCGACAACGGUGUUUUAAGGUUAAACGAAGCCGAAAAUGUCAAGAAAACUUUAGUUGAAGGCUUAGGUAUCAACUUAACCGUCGUUGAUGCUGCUGAUGAAUUCUUAUCUAACUUAAAGGGCGUCACUGACCCAGAAAAGAAGAGAAAGAUCAUCGGUAACACUUUCAUUCACGUUUUUGAAAGAGAAGCUGAAAAGAUCAAGCCAAAGGAUGGUCAAGAAAUUCAAUACUUAUUACAAGGUACCUUAUACCCAGAUGUCAUUGAAUCUAUCUCUUUCAAAGGUCCAUCUCAAACUAUUAAGACACAUCACAAUGUCGGUGGUUUAUUAGAAAACAUGAAAUUAAAAUUAAUUGAACCAUUAAGAGAAUUAUUCAAGGAUGAAGUUAGACACUUAGGUGAAUUAUUAGGUAUCUCUCACGAAUUAGUCUGGAGACAUCCAUUCCCAGGUCCAGGUAUUGCUAUUCGUGUCUUAGGUGAAGUCACCAAGAAGCAAGUCGAAAUCGCAAGAAAGGCUGAUUAUAUCUACAUUGAAGAAAUCAGAAAAGCCGGUUUAUACGAUAAGAUUGCUCAAGCAUUUGCAUGUUUAUUACCUGUUAAGUCAGUUGGUGUCAUGGGUGAUCAAAGAACCUACGAACAAGUUAUUGCAUUAAGAGCUAUCGAAACUACAGAUUUCAUGACCGCUGACUGGUACCCAUUCGAACAUGCUUUCUUAAAGAAGGUUGCUUCAAGAAUUGUUAAUGAAGUUGAUGGUGUUGCUAGAGUUACCUACGAUAUCACCUCCAAACCACCAGCCACUGUUGAAUGGGAAUAG